GCCUGUACUACGCAUCACCGAUCAAACGAACUCGACACUGGCUGCUACAGCGAUCCUUCAGUCCCUUCAUAUACCCAUACCCCAAGCACUGGAGUCUGAGCAAGUGCAAGAACGCUAUGGACUGUUUGGAACUGAAUAUUCGCCAACUUAUCCUAUCCGACCUUGCUGCCAGCGUCGGGGAAGUCAAGACUGACACGCCUGACAGCAGCGUCCUGUCAGCAGUAGAACUGGUCACUUCCAGAGUCGAAACGCGCGAUGUUUCUGGGGAGUCCAACGGAACGGAAGCUGUAGAAGAGGAAGCGGAAGAGCGCGUGUUCAUGCCAAACUCGCGAGUGCAAUGUAACAUCGGAUUCGCAGAACUGGCGGUCAACCUUCCUCAUGCCCACGUCAACGCAACGGUUCCCGUUCUGAUUGAUAUACUAUUCGACGUCCCCUAUAUCGAUUUCGACCGCUGUCUGUCUUGGGAUGAAUGGGCUAUGCCUGAUCAGCUUGUCUCUACAACGGUCACGGCUCUCCUUCGUAUUGCUAGUGCGCAUCCCGAGCAUAGAAGAGAUGCCUUCAACGCCAUAGUGAAGCUCGUCGCCGAAAUAGUCAAACGAUUCAGGACGGCAAAUGCGUUCGACGUCUUGUCCCAAUACGCGCCUGCUUUCCACGGCCUGUACAGGGCUAUCAUCUCCGUGCCCUUCGACUGGUCCCCCGAUGAGUGGUGCCUGCUGGCACAGAACCUCAACAAAUUAUUCGAACCCGACGUCGUGGAACGCCUCAAUCGCUUGCCCGUCGAUGCACUCUCGAGUAUUGGGGAGGAUCUCGAGCAGAUCGAGUUCAUGCAGACGCUGAUAUCUCGGUAUGUUUCACACGGACGUCCCCUCAGCGGGUACUUCAUCGUCUGUUGCGUGAUCGAGGCGCAAUGGACGAUACUUGCCCAGGCGCUCGGCAGGGAGUAUUCGGCGGAAGACCUCAUCUCCACGCAUGAGGAAGCUGAGGCGGCCAAUCUGGCGUGGCAGAAGCUCUUGCGUUACGGUAUUCCUGGAUCAGGAUUCUCCGAUGAUGGCCAAAGAGAGGCACUUCGUGCAACAAUGAAGAGCGCUUUGCAGACGUUCACCACGCUUCUCGUGCAAAUCCAAGAAAUGGAUGUCGACCCUGCAGAGGACAGCUAUUGCUGGGAGACGAUGUCUGAGAGCUUGAAACUUGCUGCUGUCUGCUGUGCGGCGCUGAAUGAACUGGACGGGAACCUCUACGAUCGCCUCAAGUCUCUUCUGAGUGCCGAAUCUCCGAUUUUUGACAACAUGGUGCAAGAGUCCGCUCUCAAGUCGACGGCAAUUCUGGUUCGACACUUCCCGGACACCGCCGCAGCUAUGGCCGGUCACCUCCGUCGGUUUGUCACAUCUCCGCUGUCUAUUUUCGAGUUCGAGUUUGCGUCGACGGCGCAUACACCUUCUCCACUCCUCGCUGCCGCGAGAUGCCUCUCGCUCUGUGUCGAGGCGAGUCUAUCAAGAAUGCUCGCUCCUGGAGACGACCUCAUCAUGUCGUACAUGUACUCGCUUCUCAACUACAUUGCAGCCACCAGCAAGGAUAUCUUCGAGACCGCGAGUGUCCUAGCGAUCAACAUGGAAGACGUCGAGGACUUCGGCACACUGCAUUCCGCUGAGACCGGGCUACGUGGCCUGACGGAGGACGAGAAACGCACCGUUGGCAUUAGCACUAUAUCGGUCGCCACGCGCCUCGCACUGGAGAGCAAGUCCGAAGAGGUGACGCGUUUGACUGUGUCGAUGUUGUUGCAGAGGAUGCGCUCGGCGGAGCCGACAGUCGAAGCCGCUAUCGCUUACAACCUAGUGGACCUCGCACUCACCGCGCCUCAGAGCUCAUUCCUCGAUAUCAUCCGUGCAUUCUCUGCUAUUAACCGCUCUGCGAACCUCGACGAUACACGUUUCUCCAACAACAUGGUUCUAGCGGCGCAGACAAGACUCGCGAAGGAGCUGCGCGGUCGCGUGGACUUGUACCAGAUUUACUUGAUAGAGCUCCUUACUCUAUUUGCUGACAAGGGCGUUGCCAUCCAAAACGCCGCCAUCUCUAACCAUCAUGCUAAGCUGGAAGAGAUGUCGGAGCAACUUGCCUCACUCUUGCUUCCUAUCGACGCACUCCUAAGCCAUGAGGAUUUCGAGAUUGGCGCAGACGUCUCAUACAAUGUCGUGACCCUCUUCCGCAACAUGUGGUUCCUCUGCGUACUCUUCGGCUUCACCGUUCCACCUGAACACGGGCACACCGCCAUGGAGUGGCGCCAGCCGACGCUUGCGCGCAUCGCCGCGCGUUCUCCGCCGAUCGUCUUGGAAGAAGCCCACGACAGCAUCGUCAGCGACCUCGAGUACAACACCGUCAUCCGGCAGGAGUACGUCGAGACGGUCAUCGCCCGGCAUCGCGCGCUUCUCACUAGGCAUGCGCCCCUCCGCGCGGGCGAUGUGCGCGCACUGCUCCCUGGGCAGGUCCUCUUCCUGCUUGCGAUGCACGACAUCGAGAGCAUGCGCUCAGCCGCCGGCCUCCCCUCUUCGCUCGUAUCCUACUUUGUAAACAAGGGCGUCAACAAGACGGCGGGGCUCUUGCUCUGCAUGGAGUCCGUGGCGGAGAAGGUGAUCCGCGGCUCGAUCUCGGACUUGAAUGGGCAGGCGGCGAAGCAGGCGCUCCCGAGCGGGCUUUCGCAGGAGCUGCGCGCGCUGCUCGUCGCGAGCACGCACCGGAUUCCGAAGGCACGCGAGGUCGCAGCGCGGUACCUGAGUAGGCUGAUCACGUCCUUCCCGUCGCUGAUGUGCGACCCGCCACUCGUGUUUGCCAUCCUCGAAGUCUUGACGCUCUUGCGGCAGGCGACGGAGAACGAAUUCUUGGACGAGGACAAUCCUACGUAUGUAUACCGCUCGGAUCGUACGCAGCUCACGCUGCAAUUGUCGGACAACUAUGCGGCCCGAAAUCAGAUGCUUUCCCAACUCCAGCGCGACUCAACUACCUGGUUCGAGUUAGCGCUGAGUCGGGCACCGAUGGAAUUGCACUCCACGCUGCAGAAAUAUUUGGCCACCCUCCAUGCAUCGUCGUUGGCCGAGUCCUCUGAGCUUGGCGCUUCCAUUGCCGUACAAUGGGCGAAGGCUAUCGGUCCCAUUGACAGGAAGCUCUCAUCCUUGUCUUCUCUAUCGUCGUCGAAGCCAGAUCGUGCGAAGACCAUGGCUAAUCAACUCACCUCAAAGGGAUACUUCGCAGGGGAGGCUGUCGGCUUCCGUUUCGGGCGCAUAAAUAAUAUUGGUGGCUUGGAUAACCCGCAGAACUUCGUACCGAAGCAGGAGAUCGAGACGCUUAAGAAACGGAUGUCUGACGCUAUCGCUGACAUUCGCGAGAAGCGGAGCAACCUCACGAUCAACGACCUCAAACGUCUUCUCUUCAGGGCAGCAUCGACGCUCAUCUUCAUUGAGGAGUGGGAUUAUGACCUGGCGCACUACCUCGUCGCUCUUCCGUUUGAAGCGUUCACGCAGUCCGCAGUCUCCGCGGGCAUCGAGUCUUGGACAUGGGUCAUAGCGGAGAAGCCAGAGUACGAGGUGACGCUGAUGUCUGAAGUCGCUGCCGCUUGGGACAUCAGCAUCAAAUUGGGCAAGGGAAUGUUUUCGAAGAGUCAGAACUAUGUCGACCCGUUCCUCCACGAAGUACAAUAUAGUCCUACCGACAAGGCUACGAUUGAUCGCGCCGCGCGGGCAGUCACUCGGCUGCUCGCACCGCAUACCCUCAUUUUGCAGCUGUUGUUCAGCAGGCUGCAGGCCGCGAGGUACAGACGGCCCGGAUUGAUGCUGCUCUUCCAAAUAGUGGCCCUAUCGUCUGCUCGUGCGCAUCGAUCUAUCUGCACACAUCCUCUGGCGCGCGAAGCUCGAUUCGCCUUCUUGCUGUUCGGAUUUGAAGCGCUCAAGAGCUCAUUCCUUGACGUGUUCUGCGAGCAUCAGCUGAGGAUUAGCCUCUAUAGUGCUGCGUACUCGUGGUUUGCCGUGCGACCUCAAUGGUCGUAUGGGUCGAACCGCGUGCAGGUCGAUGCAGAUAUCAAGCUUUUGUCAGAGUUCCUGUCCUACCUACAAGCUGAUUCGAUCAGAGGCUUCCCUGCUAUCUCGAGCCUUGCCCCUGCGCACGCGCCCUCGCAACCUGCUCAGUACAUUGCGGCGCUGAAGAACAUCAUUUUGCCGUUGCGCUUGUUGGUGGAGAAUGAGGUGUUCCGUUUGACUGUGUGGACGAACCCGGCCAAUGAUCCUAAGCGAGGGAUGGACCAUGUCUGUCAACUUGAGAAGACCAUGCUCGAUAGCUCCUGGACUGCCGCAGUGCGAAAGACGUGGGAGAUUGAUCCCGCUAUUACCAUCUAUUUCGCCGAGCGUUUCAACUAUCCGGCCGUACAGUCCGAAGUCGCACGUCUUGUCAGAUCGAGCACGCCGGACGUCCUCGAUGUACCGGAGGCGCUGCAUUUCCUUGUGGGGGAGAAACUCGAUCUCGGUGUUCAGCGCGAUUUGAGGUAUCUGCUUUUGUGGGCGCCUGUGGCUCCUGUCGUCGCGAUCACGUUCUUCGAGCGGCGGUAUCACAACCACCCGCAAUUGCUCCAAUACGCCCACAGAGUUUUGGAGCAGCAUCCUGUCGAGCUGACGUUCUUCUUCGUGCCUCAAGUUGUGCAAGCUUUGCGCUAUGACGACCUCGGCUACGUUGCGAGGUUCAUCUUCGAGACCGCAAAGAUAUCUCAGCUGUUCUGUCACCAGAUCAUAUGGAACAUGAAAGCAAACUGCUAUCGAGAUGACGGAUGCGAACAGGAGGACCCGCUCAAGCCCACCCUGGACAAGAUGACCGAUAUGGUUGUAGACUCGCUUUCUGGUGAAGCCCGCGCGUUCUACGAUCGCGAGUUUGGCUUCUUCAACGAGGUCACGUCGAUCUCCGGCAAGCUGAAACCGUACAUCAAGAAGACCAAGCCGGAGAAGAAGGCCAAGAUUGAUGAGGAAAUGGCGAAGAUCCACGUCGAAGUCGGCGUCUAUCUGCCGAGUAACCCUGACGGGAAGGUCAUCGACAUCGACAAGAAGUCAGGUCGUCCCCUGCAGAGCCACGCCAAGGCACCGUUUAUGGCUACCUUCAAAGUGCGCAAGGAGCGGAUCGUCGAACGGAACAACUCCGACAACGUCAUCGAAGCCGACGGGCAGGGCAGGGAGGAGAUCGAGGAAUACGACAUCUGGCAGCAGGCGAUUUUCAAGGUCGGCGACGACUGCCGGCAGGACGUGCUCGCGCUGCAGAUCAUCGCGAUGUUCAAGAAUAUCUUCACGAGUGUCGGCCUCACCCUCUACCUGUUCCCGUACCGCGUCACUGCGACGGCCCCCGGCUGCGGCGUGAUCGAUGUCGUGCCGAACGCGACUUCUCGCGACGAGAUGGGCCGCGCGAAGGUCAACGAUCUUUUGGACUUCUUCGUGGCGAAGUACGGUGGCGAGGACACGAUCGAGUUCCAAAGGGCGCGGCUCAACUUCAUCCAGUCCAUGGCGGCGUAUUCUGUGGCUUGCUACAUCUUGCAAAUCAAGGACCGUCACAACGGAAACAUCAUGAUUGAUGGAGAGGGGCACAUCGUGCAUAUCGACUUUGGCUUCUUGUUCGACAUAGGUCCUGGAGGUGUCAAAUUCGAGCCCAACUCGUUCAAGCUGACGCACGAGAUGGUCGUCUUGAUGGGCGGGCGCUACUCGCAAGGGUACCUGCUCUUCCAGCAGCUUACCGUGAAGGCGUUCCUGGCUAUCCGGCCGCAUACCGAUCAGCUCGUCAGCACGGUUCAGCUCAUGCUUGAUACUUGCCUGCCCUCCUUCAAGGGUGAACCCACGAUCAAACGGCUGAAGGACCGGUUCGCUCUUCACCUCAACGAGCGAGCAGCCGCUGAGUACAUGGUGUCUAUUGUACGGAACGCCCACGAGAACGUGCGGAGCACUGCCUACGACGAGUUCCAGAGACUUCAGAACGGUAUUCCCUACAAGUAGUAGCAAGACCCGGUAUUACUAUACGCUCCCUUUUCUCUG